AUGAACAAUUAUGCGAUGCCAGAUCUAGAAGCCCCCACUGCGCCUCCGUCUCCUGAAACUCCAGCCGCCCAAGUCAAAGAUCCACCACCUCCACCUAGGCGUCAACCACCACCUGUGCCUAAGAAGGCCAUAAAGGCCGAUAAGUCCACGUGUGGUAUCUGCUAUCAACGAGUAGAGCUAAAGCCCAAAGCCAAAGCAAACAUCCAUUUCAACAAGUGUUGGGAUGGUUUGAGAGAAAAGGCAAAGGAAGCUAAGAGUCAGAUUGUGAAGAAUCCACUAGAGGAAAGGGAGGUUGGAGAGAGCGACGAGACCUCGUUGGAGACGCUGCAAGUCGAGAACAGCGAACUAGGUGAAAGAGAGGAACCAUCCACACCGAUACCAUCAUUCUCAUCAGACCUGGAGAAAACAUCCUGUCUUCUUUGCCACAAAGACCUGUGGGGUAUGAACGAUCUCGACGCCUUCGACCACCGCUUGAUCUGCCUUAAGACACUCUCUCCAGCUCGCUGCCCUGUCUGCGAGGUCUCCUUUAAAGAGGUUUCCGAGCCAGAUGACGACGUCCUCUCGUGCGAAAGUAGUGGCUGGCCAAUCCAUACCAUAAUCUGGCAUCUGCACGCUUGCCAGAACGACUGCCAUACUUGCCCAGAGGCACAGGCCGACUGGACAGCCUUGAUUUCCCGGCGGGCUGGUCGUACCGAAGUAGCGCAGAGAGUCUUCUGGAAGAGUAUAGGAGAAAGAAAAGAUUGGGGUCUGCGCAAACACAGGGACAGCGUGAAGACCAAGAAGAAGUCGGGGUUAGCGCGUGAGGAUGGGAUAUAUCGGACAAAGAGCUCGCCGUUGCGUGCUUCGCAGAUAAUCGUUACUGCACGUGAGUCACAUAGUGAGUCGGAGAUCGAGGUAACGAGGGUGGAGAAAGCUAUCGUAGCCGAAAAGAUCCCUUUCGAUCGGUUCAUAAGGUCUAGCUUCUCCAUAAUGAAGCUCCCUCACUCCGCGAAAAUGCGCACGGACUACAAACCUGAGGAAGUGCAAACGGAGGUACUGCCUCUCUUCGAUUCGAAGACGUUCUGGAAACAACUUUCGUACAAAGCGCAGACGCGAUUGCUACCCAAGCUUGUACCUAAGCCACUCAACGUCACCUCUCCUACCAAGAAGAAACUACCAGCUGACCGUGCGCUCGCGGAAAAGUUUCCAGUCCCCAGCAACAAAGACGAAGCGAAAUCGCAGCUUCGAUUGUUAAGCAAUCCGCUAGAACCUCUCGCUCCGAUGACUUCCGCGGCGAAAUCAGAGGCGCUUCUUAAAGCACCUCAGCGGCCCACCAUCCCCAAGAACAAGGAUGAACUCGACGCCUUUCAAAGGAAGUUGUUAGAUCUGUUGAAGCCUGUUGCAGAACAAGAAAGUGUCACGCUCCCUCGGAAGGUGUGCCAGUUUCCAGAGAUCACCCUGACUUGUCCACAAGAAGAACACGACAGUCAGCCUGCAUUGGCUUUAUCACAGCCGCAGAGCAUCAACAACGCGACUUUCAGUACCGCUACUGCAGCUCAAAAGCCCCUCAGAAGCACGUCUUCACUUCCGAACGAAAAUUGGCGUAACUCACCUCCCGGCGCUCAAGAACAGUUCCGUGAAUUGGUAAAAUCGAAUAAAGCAAGGCCAUACUACGGACGGUCUGCAAAUCCGCUGUCUAAGCCAGAGCCACUGCCCCAUGGCACAAGGUCAUCUCCGCAUCCGUGGCCAGCCAGCUUUGGUGAAAGAAGAUCCAUGACUGCUGUGACUCUACCAGUGCAUGGUAGGCCAGCGAAUCCUCUUCCGGAGAGCUCGCUACAGUGGACAUUUUACAACUUCCAGGAACUUGACCAGGAGAUGGAGGUCGAGACUUACGUGUACGGUCGGCGUGGCGCCAUUCCAGUUGACUUGAAGUCUAAUAUUCGUACUGUUAUCGACCCUGCGCUGUCUGAGGAAGAGCAGAUAGCGCGGAACCGAGAGUGCUGUAGAGGCAUGUUCGGGAGCUUUGCCGAGACGAGCGAGUAG